AUUCCGGUGGCCUGAUGAGAGCUCAGGUCCAUGGUGGAGCAGAAUGAAUGAAAAGUCCGAGGCUAAGAUGUAGCACUGGGUACUGGACACAGGAGGGCCAAGCUGUGGUUCUGUCACUGACUCAAUAAACUUUUUAUUUUCUAAAAUAAUAAAAUUUAAUUUUUAAAUAAAAUAAUACUAUUUAAAACCCACUAAACCUUUUGGCAGCCCACCAGCUCCCCUUUUCUAAUGUGGAAAAUGGGGGCAUCUUCCCCUUCCUGAUGGAGGUCAGUGAGUUCAUGUGAAGCAUUUGGAGAUGCUAGAAGAUCCAGUUCUGCUGAAACACAGUCCUGUUGAUUAUUGUGACUGUGUUACCGAAGUCUCCAAGAAAUCCUUGUGUAUGCGAUGAGAACUUCUGGGCAUAGGGGUUUCAUGAGACAUGAGCCUUUUACUCUCCUCCUUGUUUAUUUUUUCAAUCAGCAAGGAUGACCCUGAUCUCUGCCAUGUUUCUUCUGGUUCCCAUGGAGACCACAGCUCAUAGAUGGGCGUAGGGUUGUUCCCUGGCAACUGUCUCUGCUUCUCCAUGCAUGGACUUCAGCAGGACCUGCCUGCUGCUACGAAUCACUAUGGCACCACAUCAGGAAUCAUGGACCAGGAUGUAGUACAGGUUCCAGCUUCCCCUACACCUGACGUGGCAGAAAGUGGCCCUGUGCUGGCCAACACUACUUCCGUGGAACCUGAGGAAGGGAGAAAGGAGCAUCCUUCAGAAGGCUUAUAUCCCAGCAGACAGAGAACUUCUCAAAGGAGCUCCAGCAGAGCUUCCUGGAAGACCUCCAAGGGCCCAGUGGCUCAGGGAACAGCAAAGAGCUCCACAUCCGUUAAACGCCAGGCAUCUCCUUCUGCAAAGUGUGUUCAGACUAAAAGACAGAGCAAACAAAGCCUCCAGGCCAAAACUGCCUUAAUGCAGGGUCUUCGUUCAAGAAGAAUUGAAGAGGAAAGACAAGAUACUUCUGCCACCAAAGACCUAACAGUGGGGCAUGAGCCGAGAGGGAUGAACAGCACUUACUACCUGUCUGCAAUAUCCAGGCAGAGGGGGGCAGAAGGCACCAAAUCCAUCUCAAAUGCCAAAGAACCAGUAGCAGGCCAGCACCAAACAGUGGGGUCUAGAGGGCCUGAAUCUUCCCAGAAGACCAUCAAAGCCAGCCACAAAAAAGCCAAGGAGACCUGCAGCAGAAUAAGUGCCAAAGAGUCCUUAGCAUCAUUAGGGCCAGAUAUGAAAGCAGAAAGGAAGCUCCUUCUGGAGAAGAGAAACCACUUGAUCCAUGGUAACAGCAAAUAUAAAUUUGCCAGUGCAGAUGAACUUACUAGCAAUGAAGAGGACCGGCAAGCCCUGUGCAAGGCAACAUUAGUCAUGGAACAGAAAAGACUCAGCAACCGUACUGAAAUGCUAAAAAACUCCCCCAACUCUAAAUCUUUUGCUGAUUGUGACCAGCUGGGUUUUAAUCUGAGGUCAAAUAUCUUCCAAGGUGGCCCACUGGAGAGUCGAAGCUUGAUGAAAGAUUCCUACACCCCUGAUAUAAUUCAAAAGGCAAUCAGGGAUCCCAAGAACUGGCAUGGAAGGAGGACUGAUGAGCUAGGGAAAUGGCAUCAGAAAAAUGCUCUAAAUCUUAACCUGCAGAAAGCAUUGGAGGACAAAUAUGGGAAGAAAAAAGACAAGACAAGCCUUAGAAAAUGAAGGUUGAGGAUUGGAGUGCAUUCAGCGAGGGAUCUCUUUCCUCAGCCAUCUAAUAAACCUCCAGAUAUGCAAGAA